AUGACACAACACGCGCCUCAAGCCAACGAAGAGGCGCUAGAAUCUCGAUGCUGGUACAACGCAACCCUGCCUCUGGACCGGCUUCGAGGCCUUCUCCCUACCCCCCUUGUUGAGCCUGCGAAUGUCGAACUCGAGGCCGACCCUAUUCCAACAACGAACGUUUACCGCCGUCGUGCCUCAACCGUCUUCGCUUCCCUCGAUCAAGAUGAAACUCUUCCAGAGAAGAUCUCUACGCAGCAGGAACACGGGAUAGGUGUGUCGGAAACCGUCGUCAGGAAUGAAACGGUUCUCUACCUCGCGUACGGGUCGAACCUAGCUUCCAAGACUUUCCACGGAGUGCGCGGCAUCAAACCACUCUCGCAGAUCGCUGUGCUUGUCCCAGAACUCCGUCUCACCUUCGAUCUUCCCGGAAUUCCGUACGCAGAGCCCUGUUUCGCGGGCACUCAAUACAGAGAUGUUUCUCUACCGACAUACGACGAGACCGAACUCGAAGAUGACGAGACAGAUGUGUUGGAUAGUGAGUGUCUGUCAGAGAAGGCAGCGCUCAUGGGUCGGACACAGCAGGUGGAGGUAGUCUCGGGCUGUGAUAAGCGUCAAUGGCAUAAACCUCUAGUUGGAGUCGUCUACGAAGUCACACUAGCCGACUAUGCAAAGAUCAUCGCCACAGAGGGCGGUGGUCGGGGAUACCGCGACUGUGUCGUAGAUUGCCACCCCUUCCCUCAACCGUACGACUCCUCCGACCCCGUCCCGGAUAUCCCCACGACACUAUCUUUCAAGGCACGCACUCUACUCUCACCAGCUGCGGACAAUGCUCGCAUGGAAUCUCAUUCUCAGAAAAGCGGUGUCGUACUGCUGUCUAGUGAUCCAAAGUUGUCGUGGUGGUAUGCCAUCUGCUUGCAUUUUCGACCGGAUCCUAAUUAUGCCCAGCCCUCUGCUCGCUACCUUGGUUUGAUCAAGGCUGGCGCUGCGGAGCAUGACCUGCCUGUUUCCUAUCAAGAGUAUCUUGCGCAGAUCAAAACGUUUCAUAUCACAACUAUGCGCCAGAAGAUUGGGAAAGUGAUCUUCCUUGCUCUGUGGGCUCCUUGGUUGAUCUUGUCUUUGGCAUUAUCAAGGCUAUUUGCUGGUCCUGAUGGUCAUUUCCCGCCAUGGCUGGUGGCUCUGGUCAACAUUGUGUUUUCGGGGAUGUGGAAUAGCUAUGGUUGUUUCUUUGCUCCUGUCUUCGGGGAUGGCGAGCGGAGUAUAGAUGAUACCCAGGCCUAA